UAUCCGAUUUCGCGCGCGGCGUACUCGGGGAUAGACACGACCGGUUUAUCGGAAAACGGAAAAUCCAACCUGAAUAAUCGUCCGCAAUGUAUUAUUAAUACGACUUUUUCUGCGACGCGUUCACAUCGUUGUUGUUCAGUACGAUAUUGUUUUGUGUCGGAGUUCUUUUAUGUUUACGAUUAUUGUUUCUGCCGACGCGGUUACGAUCGGCUACUCGCGCACGACGUUGUUUUCGGCAAAGUUUUCCCGUCCAACCUCGGAAACCUGUGUUUCGACCAAGCGAAAUCGAAUCCGACUCGACAGGUAGUUGGAAAGUGUUUCGGAGUAGAAUAUAACUCUACCGCGGAUGCAGAAAUGUCUAACCAAGUUGAGCAGUUUGCGCUGGAACAGCGGUUCGAGUCCGGUUUGAUUGUGACGGACGUAAAAAAUAGCAACACUUGCAAAAACCGAAAGAAACUAAAUUUGACAAACGAGCUGGUCGGAGGCAUAGCGCAGUUCAAACACAUGCUGAUCUCGCAGAGAAAAAAUCAGAAAAUCAAGUACUCGGCGCUACGGGAUCGGUGCGACGCGGAGGACACGAAGGCCAUGUUGCGCGUGGGCGUGAGGACAUUGCAGGACGUGAUCGUGCGCGAGAGGCACGUGCGUCGCGAUUACGUGGCCAACGUGACCGGGCACGUGGACGGGCUGCGGCGGCUGGACCGGGCCAAGGCGGAGUAUGCGGACGAUCUGGAGCGGUUCGUGGCCGAGGAGGACAGAGUGAUCGGCACGCUGCGGGCGGCCGCGGAGCGAAUGCACGGCGCGUACGAGGCGCUCAGAGCCGAUUUCUACGGGUCGUUUGGCGGCGGCUGUCCGGUGCCGGCCGCGCUGUCUCACGCCGUCGAUCGGUUCGCGUCGCUGUGCCAUCGGGUCGCUGUCGGGCACGCCGCGGACAGCACGAUCAGCGCGCUCGCCGAAGCGAUGCUCGACGACGUGCUCGCGUUACGGGACGGUGUGAGGCGCGCGUUCGCCGGGCCGCCGGUGGCCGACGACAAAGAGAACGACGACAAAGAGAACGACGACAAAGAGGACGACGACAAAGAGGACAACGACUGCGACGACCGAUACGAGACGACGGCUCACGCGGUGGCGAUGGUCUCGCGGAAACUACGCGAGGAGACCACCGCGGCGGACGUGGAUAGCGCGAGCUCCCGCACCGAUCGGUUCCUGGAGCUGUGGCGCGCCGUGGAGUCGAUGCGCGCCAGCAACCGGUGCCUGGAACAAGCGGCCGACGCGCUGGACGGCCAGAUGGCCGAGCUUCAGGCCAGCCUGUCGGACGCGGCCGCCGGGUACAUGGCGCUGGACGCGAGCAAGUCGGACAAGAAGUGCAAGGCGGUUAUACUUGACGACUUUUGCGCGGUCGCCGAGCAGAUGACCGCACAGCAGAUCAGGAACCUGGAAUUCGGCCGGACACUCGCGGUCGACGAGCGGGACAUCGAGCGACAGCUGGAAAGGAUCGCGGAACUGAAAGUGAAAAUCGCAAGGAAAACGAAUAAGAAGGAAAAGCUUCUCAAAGAGACCGCGAGUGUACAAAGUCAAUUGGACACGUACAGGAAUCGACACAAAGAAUUGGAAACGAAGAAAACUUUUCUUGCGGAAAAUUUGAUUAGCAUGAAACGUUCGCCUAGCAAACUAGCGGAUCAGUCCGAACUACAGGACGUCGGGCUGAGAGCGAAACAUUUGAAACAGCUCAAGAUCCAGUAUAAAAAAUUGACUAAUAAAAGAGAUGCACUUAAAUUAAAACUUCAAAAACAACAACAGGUGAUCAAGCCCCCAGUCGGAUAAAUCAGUUAAUCCUUAGCUUUUCUAUAACACUGUUUUUAUUUUAUUUUUUACUAUAUUACUGUACUUAUUUCAAAAAUAUUCUUGUAUAUUUAGGUGUAAUUAACGGUUAUUUUCAAGCGACAA